AUGUUACGUCUCGUACCUCGUUUCCUCAAACAAUCAUCAUCAGCAAUGAUGACUCGGUUGGCUAGUCGAACGUCAAAUGUACCUCCGGCGGAUAAACCUCGAGUCCGUCUUCAUCCGGGAAACCAACAAACAAUUGAAGAGCUCGCUCAAGGAAGUCCUGCACAACAUAAACGUGAGAUCGAGCAAUUGUAUGAAUUUGAAAAAUUAGAAAUAAAUGAUCAAACUGCAACGCGUGAAGUUCAUCGACACAGUGUAAAACGCGGAGAACAAGGUGUGUUUGACCUGGAAGAAAUUCUGGAAAUUCUACGUGAUGAACGUAUGAAAGAUAUUUGUGUCAUUGAAAUACCACCCGAACAACAGUAUGCACGAUAUCUGAUCUUAGCGACAGCAUUCAGUGCUCGACAUUUAAAGAAUACCAGUGAAUACAUCAAUAAAUUAUACAAAGCGAAGAAACUGUCGAAGGAUCCUUUUUUAAGUAGUGAAUGCCGUGAUGGUUCGCGAUGGCACGCAAUGGACAUGGGUCAUUUGGUGGUACAUCUAAUGGAUGCUGAAAUGCGCGAACAGAAUGAUUUAGAAACCUUAUGGUGUGUUGGACCGAAAUACGACGAUCAAGUUCAUACAAUUCAACAAUCAUUAGAUGCAAUUAAGAAAAUGGAUGAGCAACUGAAAGACGAAGAAGUUCUAAGUGAUGCUGACAAAUAUCGUCCACUUGAUAAUCCAUUCUCACAUGUUCGCUUUCCCAUGGAAGGACCAGGUAUCUUUCAAGAUGCUCCACCACGAAAAGAAAUGAUACCAGGAGAUAUUGCGCAUAAAAAACAUGAAGCGGAACGGAUCAAUAUUGAGGUAGAAAAAGAAUUUAUUGAUUUACCGAGUGAUCCGAAACCACCAGUUUAUGAAGGACAAAAAGUCAACUAA